UGAGGAAGCAGAAGGGUCAGCUGUUGUUGCGGGUAACCGGAGCUAACAGCCGGGUGUCAGACCGGAUACCAUCCCGAUAAGGUUCAAACUACAUGGAACAAGUCGGCGGAGGACCACCGUCUCAUUUACAGCAAGAACUGUUCUGACUGAGCGAUAGACUACAGUAUAUUUUGAAGCAGCACCGCGGGCUUUAUUACCGAGGGGAUUUAUUUGAUUCAAAGCGUCUCUGCAUCAGGUGUUUCCCAGGACCGGUCCAGUGUGUGCCAGCAGCAGCAGCAGAUCCAUCAGACCAAGCUGGAUGUGAAACCUCCUCUGUCAUCAAAACGUGCCAUGAAUCAGCCUGGACAACAGCUGCUACCCACAUAGAGGUCACUUUACCUCUCUUUCCAUUUGCUUCGGUCCAGAGGAUGCUUGGAAUGUGUCGCGGGCGCAGGAAGUUCCUGGCGGCCUCCCUCGCCCUGCUCUUCAUCCCGGCACUCACCUGGCUUUACCUGUCAGUCGGUGGCUUUCAAGUGAAGCCCCUCCCCCUGUCUCCAUUGGAAACCCAGUCAUCCACUCCGGUGGGCGGAGGCGGCGAGCGCCAGGCGUUGGAGCUGCGGGUGCGGGCGGUGGAGGAGGAGAACCGGGCACUGCGCCGCGAGCUCAGCCGGCCACCCAGGAGCCCGUCAGCACGCCUUCCAAGUGGCGGUCACCACGGCAACCAAAGCCGAACCCAUUCAGAGGAGGGCACCGGCGACAAUGAGGGCCAGAAAGCUGCUGCGGUGGGAAACAGCUCAGACUGUGUGCAGCAGCCGGUGGUGGAUAAGUGUGAGACCAUCCAUGUGGCCAUUGUGUGUGCGGGGUACAACGCCAGUCGAGACGUGGUGACACUGGUGAAAUCAGUCCUUUUCCACAGGCGGAACCCCCUACAUUUCCAUUUCAUCACAGACUCCAUUGCUCAGCAAAUCUUAUCAUCUCUGUUCCACACUUGGAUGGUUCCUGCUGUUCGGGUCGACUUCUACGACGCAGACGAGCUGAAGUCUGAGGUGUCAUGGAUCCCCAACAAACAUUACUCUGGAAUCUAUGGUCUGAUGAAGCUGGUGCUCACCAAGACGCUUCCAUCUGACCUGCAGAGAGUCAUCGUCCUGGAUACAGACAUCACGUUUGCUACUGACAUCGCUGAGCUGUGGGCCGUCUUUCACAAGUUCAAAGGUCAGCAGGUUCUGGGUCUGGUGGAGAAUCAGAGUGACUGGUACCUGGGGAACCUGUGGAAGAACCAUCGGCCCUGGCCGGCUCUGGGCAGAGGCUUCAACACUGCUGCUGUCAAUCAGAUCUUAUCAAACCACACCCACACAGUCCUGGUGGAGUUUUAG